UGCGCAAGACCCCGAGUUUACCGAACUUGGUUACCGCUAGAAGCAGCGUUUUGAUUGGUUAAUUAGCAGUGUAAUGAUUGGUCAAACUGCUCGGCAAGCGUACAAAAUGGCCGCAAGAUUCACGAGAAGUUCUUCCACUCAUUCUGGAAAAGUGGCCAUUGUCACUGCUUCUUCAGAAGGAAUUGGUUUUGAAAUUGCUCGUCGUCUGGGCCAUGAUGGUGCCAAGGUGGUUGUUAGUAGUCGAAGACAAAACAAAGUUGAUGAAGCAUGCAAGAAACUUGAGAACGAAGGCCUUGAUGUGUUUGGUAUGGUUUGUCAUGUUGGUAAAAAAGAUGACCGCAAGAAUUUAGUUAACAAGACAUUAGAAAAGUACGGGAAAAUUGAUAUUUUGGUAUCAAAUGCUGCAACGAAUCCAAUAAUUGGCAAUACUUUGGAUGCAACAGAAGAGGCCUGGGACAAAAUUUUCGACACAAAUGUUAAAGCCACAUUCUUACUAAUAAAGGAAGUUGUCCCUCACAUGAAAGAGCAAAAGAUCAAAGGAGCAAUAACAUUGGUGUCUUCCAUUGCUGGCUUUGCACCAUUUCCAGCAUUGGGUGUGUACUCAAUUAGCAAAACUGCUCUUUUGAGUUUGACCAAGGUUUUGGCAAAUGAAUUGGGGCCUGAUGGUAUUCGAGUAAACUGCAUUGCACCAGGGAUUAUAAAGACAAAUUUUAGCAAAGCGUUGUGGGGAAAUGAAUCCAUACAAGAGGAAUUAAAGCAAGGAAAUCCAUUGAAAAGAAUGGGCAGAGCAGAGGAAUGUGCUGGUAUUGUAUCUUUUUUAUCGUCUGAUGAUGCUUCUUACAUUACCGGAGAGAACAUUGUGGUGGGUGGUGGUGUCCAGUCAAGACUUUAAUAAGAACAUACUCCCUGAGAUAAACUAUAUUGAUUCAGAAUGAAAUCUUUUUU